GUGGUGGCUAGUUUUGGACUGGCCCUAUAUCCUGAGGGCCAACUUAGUUUAUUUCAAUGUCAGUCGCAUCCAAAGCAUCAAUUCGACCGUUGGGAGUACCCAACGGUCAUCUCCAUCACUCAAAUUGCCUCCCUCCUCCUCCUCCUCCUCAGUUAAAUUUCGCUUCGAAUUCUCUACCCCAGUAUCUCUCUGUCUCUGUCUCUGUCUCUGUCUCUCUCUCUCAUUAAUCACAGCAGGAAACCCAGCUGUAAUUUUAAUGGAGAACGUGCUUAACGUGCCUCCCAAGAGCCCAAUUCAACCAGAAAACACCAUAAUCGACUGCAAAACACCGCCCCUGAAUCAGCAAAGUGAUCAAAAUCAUCGAAAUCCAGGCAAUGAUUUGCGCAAACCCAGCACCCCGGACCGCCUCAAAGUCCCCAAGGCAUUCAAGCACCCCGAAAGAUAUAGAAGCCCAACCGACUCGAUGAUGUCCCCGGUUACAAAAGGCCUUCUUGCCAGAAGCAGAAAGGGCGGCGUGCUUUUACCACCGACUAUAAAUCAGACCAAGAUCCAGGAUUUGCGUGUUCAGGAGGUGGGUCUCUUCGAAAAUUAAAAAUAGGAAAGCAGUUUGGAUAAAGCUCAAGAUCAGAUGGAUUUCUUGAUCCUAAUGGUUGGUAUUAAGUUCGAUUUGAUGGGAGCAAUGAAAUGAUAUGACCCGAUAUGGUUAUUUGUAAUUCCAGUAAGAUGGGUGAAAUGUGGUUAUCUGAGGCUUUUUCGAUAUGAUUUGAAUAUAUUGUUGUAAUAAAGAAAUAGCUCACUAUGUCCACAUAGGCAGAUACUUUGUUAAAGAACAGUUUCACAAGUGUGCAAUGCACCUCCGGGAUAGGCUGUACUGGGUUUGCGUUGUGUUAUUUGCCGAUUGCAGGGCUAGUCAACAUGAGUCUUCUUCCUUUGCUUUA